CCCCCUUGUUCGGAUUUAUUGCGGUAAACUAUAGAGCUAAAAAGAAUGGAAAUUAUACGCAUGUGAACUUUGAUGGAGGAAUUAUAUUUUCCAAGCCGUUAACUCUUUUAUUCCAUCUCCCUCUGUGAACUUUUGACUUUUUGAUUUUCAUAGUAAUGCUUCGCGAGUAUCUCUAUGUCCCCUUCAUGCAAGCGUAAUGCCGUAAUUUAUCAUGCUUUUGCGCACCGGAGAAUCAAAGCUCCGCCGCGGAUUGGAUUCUCAUCUGCUGCCCUCUUGUGUUGUGUGGCCUCCUCAUAUUCCUCAUCAGUUCCUCGGCUCCCCUCGCGCUCCUCCUCCUCUCCAUUGUAUCCGCGUCCAAACGAAAGGGGUGCGGAGAAGUGCGAGCAGAAGGAGGGAGGGUUAAGUUGUGCCGCUUCGGAGCGCAGCGCUGUUGGUUCAUAUCGAGAGAACCGGUAGAGACAGAGGGGGAGAGGAUUUGGACUAUCACCAACAUAGUUGCACUUAUGUCUUUUUCUUCGUUCGUUUUAACUUCCAUACAUGCACCGCUUAUAUCCAUUACGCACCGGCAUCCACUUUCGUUGCGUUUUAUAAAGUGGAGUUUGAAAAGAACAUUCUUAACAGAUGUCAGACUCCGUUAGUGCCUCGGGUCAUCUAGGUGUUUUACGCACAGCUGGUGUUUAAAACUGAGCUGGGGCGAAAUUGAGGGGAUUCAGAUGCACUGUACUUUCAGCUCCUCCAAGAGGAUUACUAUCAUUUCCUAAAUGUUUCCCCAGAGGAGGCUCUUCACGUUUCCAUUUCUUGGACGAGAAAGGAUGGAUGUGAGAAGGACCCAAGGACACCUACUUUUGGCAGUGGCCCUCAUCGUCUGCAACUCUCAGCUGCUGGUGGUCGCCCACUCAUGGUGGUCAUUAGCCAUGAACCCCAUCCAGAGACCGGAGAUGUACAUUAUUGGAGCACAGCCUCUGUGCAGCCAGCUGACGGGCCUGUCUCAGGGUCAGAGGAAGCUCUGCCAACUCUAUCAGGACCAUAUGGUUUAUAUCGGAGAGGGUGCAAAGACAGGCAUCAAGGAGUGUCAGUAUCAGUUCAGGCAGAGGCGAUGGAACUGUAGCACGGUGGACAACACAUCUGUGUUCGGCCGAGUCAUGCAGAUAGGCAGCAGAGAAACAGCUUUUACUUACGCCAUCAGCGCAGCGGGUGUCGUGAAUGCGGUGAGUCGGGCGUGCCGUGAGGGUGAGCUUUCCACCUGCGGCUGCAGCCGAGCGGCUCGUCCCAAAGACCUCCCGAGAGACUGGCUAUGGGGCGGCUGUGGGGACAAUGUCAACUAUGGCUACCGUUUCGCCAAGGAGUUUGUGGAUGCCCGCGAGCGCGAGAAAAACUACCCGCGUGGAUCUGUCGAACAGGCACGCACGCUUAUGAACCUACAGAACAAUGAAGCCGGGAGAAUGGCAGUGUACAAUCUGGCCAAUGUUGCAUGCAAGUGUCACGGUGUCUCCGGUUCGUGCAGUCUGAAAACUUGUUGGCUCCAGCUGGCUGACUUCCGUCGAGUGGGAGAGUUCCUGAAAGAGAAAUAUGACAGUGCCGCUGCCAUGCGCAUCAGCCGACGAGGCAAACUGGACCUGGUCAACAACCGAUUUAACCCCCCGACGAAUGAGGACCUGGUGUACAUUGACCCCAGCCCAGACUACUGCCUGCGUAACGAGACCACCGGCUCUCUGGGCACCCAGGGCCGCCUGUGCAACAAGACCUCAGAGGGCAUGGACGGUUGCGAGCUCAUGUGCUGCGGUCGCGGUUACGACCAGUUCAAGACCUACAAACACGAGCGCUGCCACUGCAAGUUUCACUGGUGCUGCUACGUCAAGUGCAAGCGCUGCACGUCGCUCGUAGACCAGUUUGUGUGCAAGUAGCAGCCUAGGGACGGGACAGACGCCCUGGAGAGGCACUGAGCAAUUAGCGGGAGAAGAACGGGACCCUUAACAGACCCAGAGGGGGAACUUAGAGAUAAUUAAAUGUAAAAUGAUUUAUUAAAUAGCAAGAAAUUAAAGUAUAUAAAUAAUUGUACGUGUGCCAUUGAUAGUAAUUUAAUGACUUUUCCUGACUCAAGAAUAAAAAGUUGGACGUCAUUGAUGAAAAGGAGGCACCGGUGAUGUUUUCUGGCUCAAGCUGUUGUUCUCUUGAUUUUUGAAUUCAGAGCAGCACAAACUCUUUGCUUGUUCUAAAAAGAAGAGCCUACAGACUCUUUAGAGACUCGAAAAAAGGGAGAGAGGCAGAAAGAGUACAGACAACAACGGCUCAUCGCCCAUUGUCUUUUCCAGACCUUCGGUCCACCGCUGAUUGACCUCCAAAAACACACUCCACCUUGCCAAUAUCAGAGCUCUUAAGAACCUUGAGUCAGAGAAUUGUGGAAUUAUCGGACAUUGUGUUCCAUGAUGAUAUGACAAGAACAGAAUACUGCCUGUUACCCGUCACACAAACAUCUCUGCUAAGAGAUGUUUGAAAGAUGAAACCAUAAAUGAGUAGGAAUGUUUUUACCUGAAUUGGAGCAACACACACACCUUUUAUCCCUUGUUAUUCUACCAAAAUCAUUUGAUUAGUAUCUUUCAUUUAGGCUUUCAAAAAUCUGUUAUGAACCUUUGAUGCAUUUCAGAGGCUUCUAUAGCCUACAUCAUAUCUUGAAAUAACAUCUAAUCUAGAACAGAGAAUAUUGUGUUGGUUCUGUCAAUGUCUUUGUCAUUGUUGGUUGAAACGGUUCAAAGCCUCCUGGAAUAAAUGUGUGUCUGGUGAAUGAAAAUAGGUUGAAAAAAAAUCAAGGCUACAUAAGGACUGCAAAAACUAUUAUUGUAACCAAAUACUAGUGGUUCAGAUUAUAUUUUAUUAAUUCCUUCUCAUUUUAUACAUCAUAUGUAUUGUUCUGAUUACUAUUUUUUGAUAAAGAUGCUUUUAACUGGGAAUUGAUAUGCUAACAGAGAAGAUAUUACUGGCCACUGGAUGGAACGGGCGAUCAUAGCCACAGAACAAGAACAAGACAAAAAUAUAUUUUGUUAAUUCCUGAGUGUUUUAGAGGAAAACUACACUUGUAAAUAACAGUCAGUCAGUCAUGUAUGCCAUUAACACUUACAAUCUCUUUGACCUGUCACUCCACUGUUUGUUUGCUGCCCUGUGCUUGUUGUGUGUAUUCCCCCUCAUUCAAACCAGUAAUAUAAAAAAUAUAAAUAGUGACUAUUA